GUAUUUUACCAAUUUCGCGGUUUUCAAAAAGACCAAAGAGAACUUCUUUUUGUACAAAUAAAAACAACUUCACUGAAAAAUCUCCUUCUCGAAUAGAAAUGAAAAUAAUGAAAAUACAUUUUUAUGCGGCAGUGAUGCUAGCAUUUCUGUUUUUUAACUCAUCAACAGAGGCAAAUCCCUGUGACAAAAUUUUAAAAGAAUUGGCUGCCUCACAAAUGCAAUUCGUUGGUUGCAUGGUAAGAAAAUCGUCACCAGCAAGAUCCUGUACAAGUUGCAAUAUCGAACACAGUGAUAUGGUUGGUAAUUUCUCAGUUCUGAGCUCGAAUGCCAAUUGUUCUAAGGAAAUUUUCAAUAAAAAUCGUUUGAAUAUAGCUUAUAAUAUGCAAAAAGAUUUGACUGAUCUCUGGAACAAAGGAUUUUGCGAUGACUGUUUCGAUAAUAAUGGAAAUCUAUCAAAUGAGACCGAAACAUUUAAUAAAUUCUCUUCAAAUUUAACUGACUGCAUUGAACUAACCCCACAUGAUAAAAUAUGCACGACUUGCUCGCCACAUUACGAUGACUUAAAUACAUUCUUCAAACAAAUGGAUGAGGAAAAACAAGGGCGGAUUUGUUUCGACACUCAAGAUCAAAUGAAUACAACCCGUUCUCAUUGGUCUAAGGACUUGAAAUGUUGUCAGCGAAAGUACAACUUUACGUUUUUUACAAUUGCAAGCUCAAUAUUUGGCGCUUUGCCCAUAGUAUUCUAUUUAGGAAUGUAUAGCUAUACAAAACGUAUGGAAAGAAACCAUGAAGUUCUCGAUGCUGGUCUUAAUACUGGAGGUGUGCCUGGCCAUGCUUCAACAUCGCGUAAUAUACAACCUAGUAGAACCUCACAAAUUGUAGAAAGGCCAAUUCGAAGAGACAGCUCGUCUGAUGAAGACAUCAUCGAUAAGUUGAAAAAGAAACGAGAUGUCCCGGCAAUUGCAAAUACAUCAGAACCAAACUCUGUGCAACCAGAAAAUGUUCAAACGGUGAAAAAAAUCUCAAAGCCACAAACUACUUCAGGCUCAAUUGGUGCUCUCAUCGAUUUAUAAUUUACUUUUGUUUUUAAUAUUUGAUUAAUUCGCAAUGUAAAUGUAAAAAUGUCAAUAAAUAUACUUAAUUGAUUGCUUUUUUAUAUAAAUUAAAAUUUAAA